AAAAAAUUUUGUAAAACUUUUUAAUAAAAAAAAGAUAUACAGUAUUUGAUAACACUGCAUUGCUAAGAAUUUGUGAUUGACCCAUCUAAAAAACUGAAUUUGAUUGAAUGGAUCUUUGAACAUGGAUCUCAGUAGUACUCCAUGUGUGAUAUGAAUCAUCAAUAAUGAAAGUGAUUAUUCUAGUAUUGGGGAAUGCUUGUUUUUUCACUGUAAUAUAUACUUUUUUUAUUCACAUCAUCUCUAACCAUUUUAUAAACAACUAGCUGAUAAGCCCAACUAUGUAUUUAUCCCAAUCCUGUAUUAGAGGGAGCCAUCUUGUGGAGUACUGUGAAGCCGUUACAAUGACAACUCCACUGUGCUGUACAGUAGAAGCCAUUUUAAGGCACAACAGGCUGUAUCUUAAGAAAACAUGAAUCCAAAAUGUACACUAUCAUUCUCAAAAGUACUGUGACUUGACACUAUAGAUAUAAUUCAGUCAUUUUCAUUUCAGCGGCCCAUGCAUUCCAGAUUAUGCUGGAACACACACAAGGACACACACACAUCAAGAGGUAUUAGGGGUGUCUUACCCCCACAGUAUUUGUUUCCAGACAGUAAGUAAGACAAAGAGGAUGGCAAUAUGAGCACUCGGGACAACGGUAAAUAACAAGCAACAUUGAAAAGGGAAGAAAAUCAAGCCAGAAAUCAAAAUAUUUUCCAUUUCCUUCAGAAAAUCAUACAUUUCUCCUCCUCCUCCAGCAGCAGCUAGACAAAAGAGAGAAAAUCAAGAAAGAAUAAGCAGAUUAUGCAGAACUCAAGGAUACAUUGCAUUAAAAGUGAAGGGAGAUUAUUUAUCAUUCAGCAAAGGAGGGAAAUAUCUGGAAGUCUGUGGGGUAAAAACUGUAAAGUCACGUAGAACAGACAGUAAUACAGGCCUCUCCCUGUGAGGAAGAAAACGGCUUCAAUAAAAGCACCACUAAACAAGGCAUUGUAAGAAUUCCAGCCAAGUGAUCCAUCAGUGGAUUGACUCCAGGGAGAAACCGUAUGAGUGUCUAGAUUGUGGGGAAAGCUUCAUUAGAAAUGUCCAUCUCAGACAACAGAGAACUCCAAAAAGAAAAAAAAAUUGAAUGACUUUUCUGUGGGAAAAGUUUCAGUCAGAAAUCUAGCCUUGAGAUACACUAGAGGAUUCAUUUAGGAGAAAAAUGCUUUGAAUAUCCUGAUUGUGGGAAAACUUUCAGUUGUAAUUUGAACCUUGGUGAUACACCAAAGGAAUCAUAAAAGAGAAAAACCCAUUCAAUGUCCUGAUUAUGGGAGAGGUUUCAGUCAUAAUUCCUGCCUCGUAAUACAUCAGAGGAUUCACUCCAUGGAGAAACCUUAUGAUUGUCGAGAUUGUGGGAAACGUUUCAUUAGAAAUUCCCACUUCCUGAGACACAAGACCACGCACACUGGAAAGAAAACCUUUGAAUGUCUUAUCUGUGCAAAAAACUUUAGUGAUAAUUCCAGCCUGGUGAAACAUCAGAGAACUCACACAGGAGAGAAACCCUUUGAAUGUCUUGACUGUGGGAAACAUUACAGUCAGAAUUCCCACCUGGUGAUACACCAGAGGACUCACACAGGAGAGAAACCCUUUGAAUGUCCUGAUUGUGGGAAAAGGUUUAGUCAGAGUUCCAGCCUGGUGACACACCAGAGGAUUCACACAGGAGAGAAGCCCUUUGUAUGUCCUAAUUGUGGGAAAAGUUUUAGUCAGAGUUCCAGCCUGCUAAAACACCAGAGGACUCACACAGGAGAGAAACCCUUUAAAUGUCCUGACUGUGGGAAAUUUUACAGUCAGAAUUCCCACCUGGUGUUACACCAGAGGACUCACACAGGAGAGAAAACCUUUGAAUGUCCGAUCUGUGGGAAACAUUUUAGUGAUAAUUCUAGCCUGGGCAAACACCAGAGGACUCACACAGGAGAGAAACCCUUUGAAUGUCCUUUCUGUGGGAAAAGUUUUAGUCGCAAUUACACACUGGUAUUACACCAGAGGACUCACACAGGAGAGAAACCCUUUCAAUGUCCUAUCUGUAGGAAAGGUUUUUGUGAUAAUUCCAAUCUGCUGAAACACCAGAGGACUCACACAGGAGAGAAACCCUUUGAAUGUUCUGACUGUGGGAAACGUUACAGUCAGAAUUCCCACCUCGUGAUACAUCAGAGGACUCACACAGGAGAGAAACCCUUUGAAUGUCCAAUCUGUGGGAAAAGCUUUAGUGAUAAUUCCAGCCUUCUGACACACCAGAGGACUCACACGGGAGAGAAACCCUUUGAAUGUCCUGAUUGUGGGAAAAGUUUUAGUCAGAGUUCCAGCCUGAUGAAACACCAAAGGACUCACACAGGAGAGAAACCCUUUGAAUGUCCUGACUGUGGGAAACGUUACAGUCAUAAUUCCCACCUGGUGAUACACCAGAGGAUUCACACAGGAGAGAAACCCUUUGGAUGUCAUAUCUGUAGGAAAGAUUUUUGUGAUAAUUCCAGCCUGGUGAAACACCAGAGGACUCACACAGGAGAGAAACCUUUUGAAUGUCCUAUUUGUGAGAAAGGUUUUAGUCGCAAUUACACGCUGAUGUUACACCAGAGGACUCACACAGGAGAGAAACCUUUUCAAUGUCCUAUCUGUAGGAAAGGUUUUUGUGAUAAUUCCAGACUUGUGAAACACCAGAGGACUCACACAAGAGAGAAACCCUUUGAAUGUCUUAUCUGUAGGAAAGGUUUUUGUGAUAAUUCUAGCCUGGUGAAACACCAGAGGACUCACACAGGAGAGAAACCCUUUGAAUGUCCUAUCUGUGAGAAAGGUUUUAGUCGUUAUUACACACUGGUGUUACACCAGAGGACUCACACAGGAGAGAAACCCUUUGAAUGUCCUGACUGUGGGAAACGUUACAGUCAGAAUUCUCACCUGGUGAUACACCAGAGGACUCACACAGGAGAAAAACCCUUUGAAUGUCCUGAUUGUUGGAAACGUUUUUGUGAUAAUUCCAGCCUUAUGAGACACCAGAGGACGCACAAUGGAGAGAAACCCUUUGAAUGUCCUGAUUGUGGGAAAAGUUUUAGUCAGAGUUCCAGCCUGGUGAAACACCAGAGGACUCACACAGGAGAGAAACCCUUUGAAUGUCCUGUCUGUAGGAAAGGUUUUUGUGAUAAUUCCAGCCUGGUGAAACAUCAGAGGACUCACACAGGAGAGAAACCCUUUGAAUGUCCUAUCUGUGGGAAAAGCUUUAGUGAUAAUUCCAAUCUGCUGACACAUCAAAGGACUCACACAGGAGAGAAACCAUUUGAAUGUCCUGACUGUGGGAAACGUUACAGUCAGAAUUCCUACCUGGUGAUACACCAGAGGACUCACAGACAAGAGAAACCAUUGAAUGUCCUAUCUGUAGGAAAAGUUUCACUCAGAAUUCCUACCUAAGUGACACACCAGAGAUCUCACACCGUGGAGAAAUCUUUGAAAUGACCAGUCUUUGGACAUUACUUCAAGUAUAAAUCAUCCCUUAUUACACACAAGGUAAUCCAUAUGAGUAAUAGUAGAUGAGUUUAGGGAAUGCUUGAAUUUCAUUUGUGAUCACCGAUUGAAAGUGUAGGCAAGAAAUUGUUUGAAUUUUGGCCUUUUUCAUUUUGCUCAAACAUUUCUCAGGAUUAAAUUUGUAGGUGGAGAGGAAAGGAAAAUGGCUAACUAAUUUCUGGAUUAGCAGAAGCUUCUGGAUAUUUCCUUUUCCAGAAGUAGUGGAAUUCCUCAAAAAGGAAUUUUGGGUAGAGCUUUUGUAUGUUGAUUAUGGAAUUCCCACAUGUGGAGUUUCAGUCUUCUACCUUGGUUUCCACCCAGAUUUUGAGCCCCAGAAUUCCGCAGCCAGCAUAAAAAUAGUUAAGAAAUAACUUUUAUGGACCUUGAAUUACAGUUGCAUGUUGCAAUGGCUAUUAAGUGAAAUUGCUCUCCUUAACUACCCGAAUCGCCCUGCUCUCCCUGAGGCAGCCAUUAAUCAAAUGUGUGAGUCACUAAGCAGAACAUUAUCUGCUCAGAGCAGAGGAAAACUCUUGGAGGCCUAGCACAGAGCCAGGCUUGCCUGCCAUAGGCAUCUCAAGGCCUCCCCCACCCUCCAAGACAUCCUUGUGCUCUGUAUCCUAACCCUUGUGUCCCCUUGGCCCUUCACUACCCCCCACCAGGUCCCCUUACACCUGACUUCCACCCCACUUCACACCCUCCUCCUUCUUACCUUUUGAAGAUCUCUGAACCUCAUGUUGGGGUGGGAGGGAAGGUCAUGCAUCCUUGGGCCUCAUGACUUUGUCCUGGAAGCAACUACCAUUUUCAGUGGGCCCUGGUUUCAUCCCUGUUGUGAACUGUGGUAAUGGUGCAACGCAACACAGUGUCCUGCUGCAAGCAUAACAUACACAGAUAUGACUCACAUUCUUCUCUGCCUUCUCAGAAGGGAAGCAAGAGUGAAAGAAAAUGCAGUCUAAUGGAAAUGGUUGGAGUGCACUUAGAGGAGUUUAGCCAAAAGGAAACGGAUAGCUGAAUGUAGCUUUUUAAAACAUUAUUUCCUCAAAAAAAAAAAAAAUCCUCUAGAAGUUAAAUGUGUUUUAAUCAUCUGAGAAACAGUUUGGACACAGCUUGCAUGGGCUGCGCGACUAGCUAUGCUAUGUCUGGAUGCGAGUGGCUGCAGAAGAAGUCAGGCGGUGGUGCAACAGGGUUUGGGUGGCUUGGCUGCGAUGGUCCUAAGGUAAGCGGGUAAGACAUGCCCUGAAACUAACACCUGGUGCUUAUUAUAAGCCCAUAAGAAAAGAAAACUGAAUGGGUAUUUGACAUGUAUAUUGAAAAUGUAAAUAAUUAAUGUAAGAGAUUAAGUUAGCAUUUUGGCAUCUUUGCCUUUUAUUUUAAUGUAUGCCUUUGGAUCUGUUUUUUUAAAAAAUAUUGUACAACCAUUUUAUAAACCAUAAUUAAACUAACCUUUUUAUGUGAAUCUUACAGGCAAAAGAAUGCCGAAGAGAGCACUGUGGAGAACUGAAUCACAAGCAGAAUUAAAAUGCAAAGGAAACCAAGGCAGCAAUCAAAAUCUUAUUAGUUUAGGAAAUCUCCAAAACUUUUCUUCUUCCCCAGCAGCUUACAGACAAAGAAGAGAAAACCAGGAAAAGAGUUUUGAGUUGGAGAAAAAAAUAGAGUAUCUGGAAGAAACGUAUCAAAAUAUCAAGGGGAAUAAUUUCCUAGUUCAGAAAAAGAGGGAAAUAGCUGGAAGUCAGUGGAAACGAAAUGAUCACUUGGACAGCCAGAUAAAGCAGACCGUAAUGCAGGCCUUGUCCUGUGAGGAAAGAAACAGUAUCAAUAAUCCAUCCAAGAAGGGAUUGAGAAUAUUUUUGAUGUCCUUGAGAAUCCAAAAAUGUUAGUGGUGGGAAAGAUCCACAGAUGUGCCUAUUGUGGGAAAAGCAAAUGAGAGAAAUAGAAUUAUUCCUGUAAAGAAUAUAGCCUUAGUGAUUCCAUAUGUACACUUCUCAUGACCUAAGCUAAGCAACUGUGUAAGACAUUAAGAUAGGGACUUAUGUAUGACACCUGUUCUGAGGAGAAGCCAUAAAACUUGUUUAGUACAUUCCAAGUCAGGUCAGUCUGACCGAGACUACUUUUAUAGUUGAACAUGUCAGGCUGACCUAGGCUAAUUUAAUAGAAGAAAGAAGGAAGCUUUCAUGUUCUGAUUAAUCGUAUUAUUACAGGGACAUGUUUUAAGGGUAUUUCCAUAGGGGAUUUCUGACUCGAGAAAAUGUUGCAGAAUAGUCAAGAAUUUAUGUAAUAUCAGAUAAGUAUGUAAUAUCAGAUAAUUGUUUUGCUGAUUGUUUGAGAAUGUAUUUAAAUCAUGUAUUCAGACCUGUAAGAUGUUCUCUCUCUUUUUGAGAGAACCCUUUUGCAAAAGCUUUAUGAAAUAGCCAGCCACACAAGGGGUGGCUGGAAGAUGAGGGGUGCGACUUUAUCCCACCACUGCGAGGGCUGGAUACAUUGUGUUGGUGGGCUGUAUCCAGCCUGCAGGCCAUAGUUUGAGUACUCCUGACAUAAAAUCUCCACUGGCUGGUUCUUGCUCUGUGGCACUAAGGCCCAAAUAGUCAUACCUCGCUGCCAAUUCCAUGGGGAGGGGGUAUGCCCCCUCGGUGGGGAUAAUUGCUUUCUCAGUAGCUGGCAAAUCAUGCUGAGGAAUGCAACAUGAACAUAAUGAUCCUUCCUCAAGAAGUGUGAAACAUGAGAUUUGGCACGUAGGCACAUCACAUCACUUGCAGCAGGAAACCAUGAGGUGUCCACAUGGAUAGCAUAGCCAUAGCAUGAGCCUUGUUUAGCCAAUCAGUACAAAUGUACUUUGAUCAAUGAAUCAGCUUCCGCCACGGAAACUGUGUAUGACAAUAAAAGGGAGCUCUCACGAGCUGUUCGGGAUGCCUUCCUAUUAACCUUCCUGCCUAUGCAUCUUUCUUCAUCACAACAACAUCUGGUGAGCCCGACGUGAUUCCCCCUGCACUCAUUCGGCCGGACGAGCCCAGGUGCACCACAGCGAACUUCGCUCCCCAAAAUACAAACUGCAUUCCUAAGAUGAUUGACAACUAGAGACCUGUGGAAGAAGAUUACCACGAGGGGCCGAGAAGGAGCUGGCAUUGGACCAGACCAGCCUGACCUCCUGAAGGAGGAGGGACAAUUGGGGGGAUAUGAUAUGUUAGCCAUGUUUUGUCUCAGAUCCAACUUUACUAAGCUGCUAUCAAGACUGUAACUAGUAAAAGUACUUUUCUUUAUUGCAAAUGAAGUCAAGGUGAAUUCUUUCCUAGUUAUAAUCAGAGGCAGUUCUGACAGAAUAAUUAUGAUACAAUUUGAAACGAAUGUGCCCAUGACUUUAAAACAAGGAGAUUCUUGGGAACAAUUGGUAAUUGUUCCAUAUGUAGUGCCAGCAGGAGGUAAGCAAAUUAGUAGAGGAAGUGGAGGAUUUGGUUCUACCAAUCCUAUCCACUCCCUACAUCCUAGCAUUAUGGCAGUAACACAAUCAAUUCGAAAAGAAAAACCAAAGCGUAUAUAUUCGUUAAAUGGCAGAUCUUUUGAAGGAGUCCUCGAUUCUGGCGCAGAUGUCUCUGUCAUAGCCACUGACAAUUGGCCCGCAGAUUGGCCUACUAUGGAAUCACCCUCUGUGUGGGGAGUUGGAGGACCCCAAGCAGCCCGACGCAGCACCAAAUGGCUUACAGUAACAGCUCUUGAUGCACAGCCCAGUUAAGGUCAGUUAUACUCCCCAUUCAUGUAAACCUGUGGGGAAGAGAUAUGAUGUUGCAAUUUCAAGCAAAAUUAAUUAUUAAUGAUUAAUAGUUACUAUGUCUCA